CAAAAUAUUUAUUGAGCAAUAAACCUAUACAAUUGUACAGCUAAUCUGUCACCGCCGGCGUCUUGCUCGCUACUGUGUCUAGUUACCCAUUUCAUGUAUAGUCUUUUCCCUUUUCCAUUCUUCAGCUUUUUCUCACUUGCCAUUUUCGUGAAAUCUGUGGCAUCAUCUUGCUCACGCCAUAAAAAUGACAAAGGAGAGAGGGAAAAUCGGGUCGACCCAUCUCCCCUCUAUAAACCCCAGCCAGAAAAAACAGAGGGUGGCGUUUCUUUCUGAAAUCUGUCUUAAAGGUCUAAAACAUUGAAAUGGAGCGAAAUUAUAUUGGUAAUGGUUUUCCUGCGUUCAUUAAGGUUUAUAGCCCUGAAACGUGCUAUCUGAAGCUGAAAAUUCCGUCGCGCUUUCUUGAAAAUUUCAACGGGGAUAUUCCAGUGAUCUAUCUACUUGAAGUUGAAGGUUCAGCGAGGAGAUCUUGGAGGGUUGUUAUAGAAAGGAUUGAAGAGGACUUCUAUUUCAAGGGUGGUUGGCCAAAAUUUGUGCAGGAUAAUAACUUGGACAAUGAAGAUUUUCUUAAUUUUUUUUAUGCUGGAAAUUCUACUUUUUUUGUAAAAGUAUAUGGAAAGAAUGGCUACUUGAAGCAGGAAUUAAAUGCUAUCGAGGAGCUUGAAUUGCAUCCAUUGGAUGAAGUGAAUCCUCAUGAGAUACAAGUGGCAUCUCCCUUAGCUGAUGAAGAACUUGAUGGAUCAGAAAAUUCUCUAGUCUCAGUCACGUUAUUUGAAAUCGUUAUGAAGAAAUCUAAUUUUUCGAAGAUGUUGUUGAAUUUACCCUCUACAUUUGGCAAAAAAUAUAUGAAGAGGGGGCAAGUAUUUGAGAAAAUGGCUACUCUUCAGACUGAUGGCAAAAGUUGGCCAGUUGUUGCUCGUAGUUCUGACAGACUCAAAUUUCGAAAAGGGUGGCGCCAGUUUCUACAAGACAAUGAUUUGCAUGUAGGAGAUGUUUUGCGUUUUAAGCUGAUUGAUGAGGAGAAUUUUAUACUGAAAGUUCUCAUUAGGCGCAACCCAAGUCACGUAUCUUAGAAAUUGAGGCCAUUACCUUCGAUUGUUAAGCUUACUAUUGGAGUUUUGUAUUCAUAUUGGAAUUGAAGGUUAAUGUAUCAAGAAGUUUAAAUCAUUAUUUUGUCAUAUGGUAAAUGCUUUAACAUAGUUUAACCACAGCCUGCAGUUCCAUUGCCGGCACUGUAAA